GAGUCGCAAUAUCGGCGUACGUUCUGUUUUCUCUGUUUUGUUUGCCGGCGACGAUGGUGAUUUCAUUCGAAUGCGCUAGUGUUGCGUGUGCACGGGGCGAAUGCGCGACGGCUGAUUGUGUGGGGCAUUUAAGAGAAAACCAUUGAGAUGACACUGUAUUUCGACACAAAAAUAGAAUUCCUGGAUUCGGAUGCGGUCAGCACCAUCAGCAGUUGGCAUCCCAGCGAACCGCUCUUUGCAGUGGCUUCUUUUAGCCCCGAAAGAGGCGGUUCUGUGACCAUUUUUGCAGAUACUGGUGAGCCGCAGCGGGAUGUCACCUAUCCGGUGCACGCCACCUCCCAAGCGACGGCGAUGUGCUGGCAUCCGGAGAAGGCGCUGCUGGCCAGUGGCUGGGAGCACGGGGACAUCCACGUGUGGUUCGCCGGCCACAGGGAGUUCGCCAGUGUGAGUGCACCGCACAAGGCGGCCAUUGUGCUGCUGCAGUUCAGCGAACAGGGCGGACGGAUGGUGACGGCGGAUGCCAUGGGCUUGGUCACCGGAUGGCGCUGCGAUGGUCAGUACCAGUUCCUGACCAUGUUCUCCCACGACCUGCGGGAGGUGCUGCUGCUCAUCUGCUUCCGCCGCACGGUGGAGAGUGAGGUGCGCGAGGAGAUGGCCAAUCUGGCCAAGGCAGCGGUGGCCGGAGACGAGAACGCCCUGGACACCCUGACCAACUGGAGGCCCAGAACUGCUGCCCGGAGCAUCACCCAUUCGGGGGUGAGGGACAACCACUGCUUCUACGCCUGCACCCAGGGAGGAGUGGUGUUCUACAUCAACCAGGGAGGCGCCUGCGUGGAGGUCAUGAAGUGCGGAUCCCUGCCGCCCAUUGUCCAGAUGUUGUGGCACCCCAAAAAGGACGCCGUAAUCUGCCUAAUGGAGGACUUGACUGUCACUCUGUUUUUGGUAGAAUCCACGGGCAUUCUCACGGAACUGGAUCGCGUCAAGAUGAGCGGACGUGGAGGAGGUCGACAGGGAGGCAUCGCCUGGUCUGGAAACUCGUUGGCCAUCAUCACCGGUGAUCUUUUCGUGCGCAUUUGGGACAUCGAGAGGAGUGACAAUUACCUGCUGAAAAUGGAUCUGCCCAGUGGAAACCAGAUAGGUUCAACCUUGACCAGUUUGAGCAAUGGCACCAUGUCGUCGUCGAACCAAUUCUUCAGCCAUGACAGCACCGAGGGCAGCAGUGUGCCCCGCAAGGCACCGAAGUUUGGUCAGAUGAGUGGCGAAGUGUUCACCUGUCUGGCCUACAGCUUAACAAGUCAAACGCUGUGUGCGGGAACCUCUCAGGGCAAUCUGUACACCUGGAAGCGGAGUGGCAGCCGGCUGGUCAGUGCUCCCGAAGAUGCCUGGCAGCUGACGAACAUAUCGGCGGUGAGAGGAGCCAUCCGGAGCUGUGAGUGGGGCUUCAACGAGCUGGCCAAACCCUGCAUGCUGGUCAACUGUCUGUCCAAUGUGUUCAUGCUAAAAGAGCAGCCCCUGCUGGCGUUCUAUACCCGCGAACUGUGGGCUGUGCAGCGGUCAGCCAAAACGGUGCAGUUGACGCACUGCAGCGGUCGCGAGACCACUGUACAGUCGGAAUUCGCCGUGACUGCCUUGGCCUUGAACGAACUGAGCCUGGUGAUGAGUAAUGGCCGGAGCAUCUCGUCCUACAGUCUGCAGAAAGUGGAGAAGAGCCUGGAUGAGUUUGAGGAGAUUCUGGAGGCAGUGGAGGGCAGUGCUCCUGCAUCUACAGCUACUACUACUCCCCUGAGUGUGAAGCUGCUCCAGACCUUUCCCGCCGAAUGUUUGGCCCUGAGUCUAUACAACCAGAACAUAUUCUGCUUGGCGAGCAGUGACAUCAUGGUCUACUCCGUGGGCGGAGUGGUGCUCCAUCGCAUCCAAGCCAGCGACAUUGAGGGGAAGAUCAUUGGCAUGGAUUUGAGUGGCUGCUAUCUCUCCGUUUUCACCAUGAAUGGCUAUGUCAAGGCCUAUGAUGUCUCCAGGCACGAUCCCAAACUGCUUUUCCCCAGCAAAUCCGGACAUGACAUUUUCGAUGACUUCGGAGAAUUCAUCCUGGUGAAGUGCAAUAGUCUGGGCAACCAUUUGGCAUUGGUCAUAGCCAGUAGCAAUUUCACACCCAUAUCGACUCUAUUCUGCUGGGACUUUGAGCGCAAUAAUCUACUUGAAUAUGAUUUGGUGGAGCAGGAAAGUAGCUCUUCAUCCAGUCUGCCUGUUCGGAUUUUCUGGGAUGCAGAGGAACCUCGUCUCUUGGCCAUGGAGGUUAAGUCCAUGACCACAAUGCAGAAGACUCUGCCGCAAAAGAACUCUCCCAGUCACUUUGUUGUUUCAAAGAUAUUACUUUUAUUUUAUUCGGAGAAAGGAUGCCUCAAUGUCCUUGAGACUCAAGCCAUGAGUCCAGGCUCCCAGUUAUUGAGUCUUUGUGUGCCCAAUGUGCUGCGCCUCAAGAUCAAUGCUGUGGAGGAGCAGCCUCUGCAGGAUUUCGUGGACCUCCAGCAAUGCGAUCCAGUCAUACGCAAGCGAGUCCUGAACUUCAGUCUCUAUGUGGCAGAGGGAAACAUGGAUCUGGCGUAUCGCAGCAUUCGCUCCAUUCAAUCCAAAGUGAUCUGGACAAAUCUGGCCAAGAUGUGCGUGCACACCAACCGAUUGGAUGUGGCCAAAGUCUGCAUGGGCCACUUGGAGCAAGCCCGCUCCGUCCGUGCCCUACGGCUGGCCAUUGAAGACGAUGAUCUGGAGAACGAGGCCAAAGUAGCGGUGCUGGCCAUUGAACUGGGCAUGAUUGAGGAAGCCAAGGACCUCUACCGCCGAUGCAAGCGUUUCGAUUUGCUCAACAAGCUGCUCCAAUCGACCGGGCACCUGGAUGAGGCACUGCAUCUGGCCGAGACCGAGGAUCGCAUUCAUCUGAAGCACACGUACUACCAGAAGGCGCAGGAGUUGCGUGAGAGGGGCGAUCUCAAGGGCGCCCUGGAAUACUUUGAGAAGACACAGAAUCCGGCGCAGAAUAUUACACAGCUGCUGCUGGAGAAUCCGGCGGCCAUGAAGCGCUACAUUCAGACCACCAGCGAUCCCAAGCUGCUCAAGUGGUGGGGCCAGUACAUCGAGAGCUCCGGCGACAUGGAUGCUGCUCUGGCUGUCUACCACAAGGCGGAGGAUUGGUUCUCUCAGGUGAAGAUUCUUUGCUACUUGGGUAAGAUCUCCAAGGCGGAUGCGAUUGCCAGGCAGUCUGGAGACAAAGCGGCCUGCUAUCACUUGGCCAGACACUACGAGAACGUGGGCAAGUUCCAGGAGGCCAUUAUGUUCUUCACGCGUGCCCAGACCUUCAGCAAUGCCAUACGCAUCUGCAAGGAGAACGACUUUCAGGAGGAACUCUGGACAGUGGCCAGUUCGUCAAGGCAGCGGGACAAGGCCAUAGCGGCGGCCUAUUUCGAAGAGUGCGGGAACUUUAAGCAUGCCGUGGAGCUCUAUCAUCGGGCUGGAAUGCUGCACAAAGCAUUGGAGAUGGCCUUUGAAUCGCAACAGCCGGAAAUUCUGGAGAUCAUAGCUUCUGAUCUGGUGCCGGAGUCGGAUGCCGAGUUGAUCGACCGGUGUGCGGACUUCUUCUGCAGCAUCGAGCAGUUCCAGAAGGCAGUACAGCUGCUGGCCAAGACGAGGCACCUGGAAAGGGCUUUGAGCAUCUGCUUGGAGAAGGGCGUGCCCGUGACCGAAGAGCUGGCCGAGAUGCUCACCCCGGAGAAGGGGGAGUUUGAGGAGGCCACGCGAGUCCACAUCCUGGUCCAGUUGGGCGAGUUGCUCCAGCAGCAGGGUGACUACCACAGUGCCACCAAGAAGUUCACCCAGGCCGGAGACAAAGUGCGGGCCAUGAAGAGUCUUUUGAAGUCGGGCAACACCGACAAAAUCAUAUUCUUUGCCAACAUGUCCAGGCAGCGUGAGGUCUACAUUAUGGCCGCCAAUUAUCUGCAAGCAUUGGACUGGCAAUCGGAUCCACAGGUCCUCAAGCACAUUGUCACUUUCUAUACAAAGGGCCAGGCCUUCGAUUCCCUGGCCAACUUCUAUGCCAUCUGCGCCCAGAUCGAGAUCGAGGAGUUCCAGGACUACGGCAAGGCCCUAACCGCCAUGCAGGAGGCCUCGAAGUGCCUGGAGAAGCUCAGCCACGCCCAGCACGCCUACAACAAUCUGCAGCGUACGGUGGCGGAUGUCAAGGCCAUCUUGGAGAUCCAGCAGGCGCUGCGAGAAGGCGACCACCAGCUGGUCAUCGGAUCCUGCCGCAGCAUGCUUAUUAAACCGGAGUUGCCGCCCAUACGCCACGCCCACAUCCUGUCCAUGCUGGUGCGAGCCCUGGUCUACGCCAAGCAGUAUCCCGAGGCUGGAAGAGCCCUCAAGGAGCUGGCCGUGAAGGACAACUCGUGGAGCGCCGCGGGGCUCUUGGAUCGCGGCAUAGUUCAAAAGAUCGCCCAUGAAUGCGACCUGGAUUUCGAACUCAUCUGGAACUCGGGACGUCAGGUGACCGCCUCCACAAGCGGCACUGCCACCGUCACUGGAAUGAGCAGCACCUCGGCCAUGACAACCAGUGAUGAUGACGAGGCCGAUGACGAGGAGAUCACAGAAGAACUGCAUUAGGUGAUUCAAUUCAGGGGCAGCGCAGAACUAGUCAUGGCCCUAAAUAAUCCGCAGGUCGGAUAAAUUGUAAAUAUGCUAUGCAAACGCCAUAAAUGGGGAAAAUAUUAGACUAUCCUUAAAGCUAAAAACCCCAGUUAUGAGAAUUUGAAAAGUGGUUGCUUGAGAUAUAAUCAAUUCUUACCACCAGAGGUAUUUCUACAACCCCCCUAUUUCCCAAUUAGAAUUACGGACUAUUUUUUGAUUACUCAAUUAGAAUGAUUGCCCUAGAUGGCGGCUUAUUCAGAUGCACAUUUACAUUCUCCCAGGAACAUAUGGAAUACUUCCGCAAGGACAUCUUCCUGGGGAACAUCUUUUUGUGGAAGUACUCCAUUUGUUCCUGCGAGAAUGAAAUGGGCACGUCGUUCAAGUAGCAGAACACUGCAUUCUCAUUGAGAAAAUUCAGAGCAAUGUCACAACAAUAAUGACUUAAUGGCAUAACUAUGAUUAGUUACACGCCUUGUGGAAAGUACCUUUUUCUAAAUCAAGUAGUAAACAAACGUCACUACGUGCAAAGUUCAUAAACAAAACCCAGUGGAGGCAAUGAGCAAUCUAUAAGCGAGUAUUUAGCCAGAUUGCUCACAUCAGCUCUAGAAGAAGCCCCCAACCACCACUCCCUUUGACCCACUGGGCAAUUUAUGAAUGAACCGUAUACGGCAUACGAUAUACGCGGGCCUAGUAAAAGCUUUCGUUAUAAAGACGUACAGUGGGCGCAAGUGAUAGACGUCACACCAAAACAAAUAUAAACAGUGAUAUGGAUUUGGAUCGUCAUAUUUGCCACCGGCGCCAGCGGAACAGAGGAAGAGAGCGGGCCAUCGGAUCGGAUCGGAUCGGAUGGGCAUGAAUCACUUGCUCAAAAGCGUCCUCAGCUAUGAAAUCAGAAUCAUUUCCAGGAAGUCAGCGAAACUCAAACAAGCCGAAAGAGCAAUUGAACGCUGAUGUGCUCCAAAUGGGUUAUCGUCGGGGAAUAAGCGUUAUCCACGCACGUCAAUAAAGUUGAUUAUUUUUGUACCAAAGCAAUUUAAAGACCUCAUUUGUAUAAGUAUUACUAAAUAAAAACGUCAUAUGUUU